UCUCAUUCCUGGUCUACCUACAACAGCACUAACAACAGACACGAAAUAAGCUGCUUUAUUUUUGGCUUCACCACUCCCAGAAAAAAAAUACCCAGCUGUCAAUCUGCAGGAACUCUGUCUCAGGAAAACCUUGCAUAUCCAAUGGAGAUAAUUUGGAGUAUCAUAAUUUCUACCUGUCUACAGCUCUCCUUCAUAACAGGAAUACCUAUGGUGAAAAUUCCAGUUCAUUCCAUUCAAACAGACUUGAAACAGAACAUUGUCAUCCAAUGCUACUUCUCAGAGGUAGAAGGCCAUGCCAACAUAUACUGGUACUAUUACAACAAAGCAGGAAAACAUGAAGUUGUCCAUGUCUUUUUAAAUGGUGAAGACAAAGACACUAUUCAGAGCCCUAACUAUCGAGGCCGAACUCAACUCAUUCACCAAAAAUCCAAGAAAGGUGAUGCCUCUUUGCUGCUCUCUGGUGUAAGGAUUACUGAUGCAGGGCAGUAUCGCUGUUUUGUAAAAGAUGACAGUGGUCCAGCCUAUGAUGAAGCCACACUGCAUGUUCACGCUCCCUACAGUGAUGGUUUGCUGCAAAUCACACAGAAUGGUACCAGUGAUUUGGCUGCAUGCACAUUUUCAGGAGGCUACCCACAAGAUGAAAUCAACUGGGAAUACUCAGAUGGGAGGCAUAUGAAUCAGACACACCUUACAAGUCACUCACAAACCACAGAAGGACUGAUGGUUCUCCAGAGUUUUUUAUCACUACAUCUGAAAGCUGAUGAGGAAGUCUGCUGUUUUGUGGGAGAGAAGCACCGUCAUCUCAGCAAGAAAGUAUGCAAAUGUUUACCAGGUAAAAAAGAUGACCAUGAAGUAUUGAAAAGACUCCAUCUUGGUUUGAUACUUGGGUUUGGCAUUCUGGCAAUAGCUCUUUUAUGCUGGAUAUUUCUACGAAUAACAGGAAAAGGCUUUUCUAUCCACAACAUCAAGAUGCAACCAAGUUUUAAAGAAUCACAGCAUAUUCGCAUUUGUAUUUUUUGUCUACCUGAUCGUGAUGCAGGCACUUUAAAGGAGAAAUGCAGUAAGCUGAUCAAUGUAUGGUCAGUGAGUAGUUCUAAAUCACACAAUGAGACACUGGUCCUGAAAGAGAGUAUUUCAAUCUCUGCUAUUAAAAAACUGAAACCUAGAGAAAGAAAUAUGAAACAAUCACUGUCAAAAUAUUACAGUACAAAUCAGAAGAAACCAGUGAAGGACAUCUUCAUAUUUGUUUACAGCUGUGACAAAAAUUUGAGCACCGAGGUGACUAAAACUAUUGAAGAUUUCGUCUCACAUUUAAGAAAAAAUAAAGAUUCCCGUUUGGUGGUAGCACUAAUGAAUAACUCUCCAAACAACAGCAAUAUAAAGGACUUAUUUGACCACCCUGAUUGUAAUGUGAUUGCCAGAGUCAGAGACACAAAAACUGGUAAAGACAUGCUGGAAGAUAGAGUGAAGACACUGCUUUGCAACUGCCUCACGUCUGCCAGGACAGAGGAAAACAGAGUGGAUGAAAAUAAGGACACGUACUCUAUUUCUUUAAUGGCAGAAGAGUUAGCAUAAAGAACCCUAUGAGCUGUGGGUCUUUCCUGUUAAUUUUUCUGUUUUGAGAUUGCACACUGUCUAUAAAUAUUAUAUCCACAGACCACCAUUAAACAGUUUUCUUGAGGUGGUAUACUGUGCCAUUUUCUGAAAUGAUACUUAGCAGUGUCUGAAAACUGCAGGCAUUCUAUUUAUUUAUUUAGUUAACUGUGAAAGUCCAACUGGGACAAAGCCCAUUUUCAGUGGAGGCCUGGGGAGAAAUGGUCCAGAUACAUUUCUUUGGAAUGUGGGAUAAAACUGUAGCACCCGGAGGAAACCCACAGGAAUACAUGGAGGACAUACAGACUCCACACAGAGAGCACACCAACCAAGACUUGAAGUGGAGAACCUCUUGCUGUGUGGCGACAAUGCUAACUGCUGCUCCACUGCACCGCCCAGUUAUGACAUAAAAUGAUAUAGCUUGAAAUAAGUCUGUUUGUAUUGUUGAUACUGUGCUGUUACUUUGUAGAAAAACAUAACUGCUGUGUGAUUGCUAGUCAUUUUUUUACAUUUGCAUGUUUUGUACACAUCUGCAGUUACGAUUUACUUUUUCUUCCCUCCAUUCUAGCCUCAAAGCUGCAGGGGUAUAACUAUAGCCUGCUGUCUUUUUAGUUUUCCUCAGUGGGAAAAUGUUGUAGGUUGAACCCCAGAAGAAGUUGUACUGCACUGUUGCAUUUUUAAUAAGCCCUACAAUCUAGGUUAAUUGUUUCCUGAUACAUGACUUGCAGGGAUGUUAGAGCACACAGCAUGCACAAACUCCCAUUUAUAUUCCGUCCCCAUUUCAAUAGAAUAUUUGUCUGUUGUAUAACUCUAAAUGAACCCAGCUGCACUGUAUUCAGGAGAAGAGUCCUUUGUCCUUGCAUGAGACUGGCUUCUAUGUAUGUACUGUAGGCUGCAUUAUGAAACAUUUCUAUGUGCACUUGCUAGUUGUGUACCUUUUCAUCAAUCUACAGAGUGGGUUUAUUCAUAGACUGUGUGGUCUACAUACAGGUAUUAAGCCCGAGUGGGUAAAUAACACUAUCCAUAGGUAAACCUGAGUGGUGCCUAUAGCCAUGGAAACACUCAUUACAGUCAUACAACAGCAUUAUAAUAUUUUUUUACAAUAGAUGUUAAGAGCUUAUAUACUAGGAUAGGUCAUGCCUUUGGUCUUGAGGCAGUUCGACUUUUUUCUUGGAAUUUCUCCAGUUACAGAAUAUAUUGUAGACCUUAACCAUUUCUGACUUACUAAUAAUUUUUUUGAGUUUAAUAAUACUCUUUUUAGACAGAAACAGGGUACAGCCAUGGGGGCUGCUUUUGUCCCCAUGUAUGCUAAUCUUAGUAUGGGACUUUUUGAACUAGAAUACAUUUAUAAAAGUACAUUUUUCUGUCAGCAUGUUGUUAAAUAUUUCCGUUAUAUUGAUGAUUUGAUUUUUAUUGCCCAGGGUGGGGAUGAUAUGGUUGAACAAUUUGUUCAAUCUUUACAUCUUAAAAGAUUUCAUUUACAAUUUGAUGGACUACUGGUAGGAAAAUGCAUUCCUUUUUUGGAUGCACAAUUAAGUAUUGUGAAUGGGACAGCUUUACAUACUACUGUCCAUAGAAAGUUUGAUCAGGGUACACAGUUUGUAGAUAGGGAUAGUGGUCAUCCAACUCAUACCUUAGAAGCACUUCCCUAUGGUGAAAUGCUUAGGGCAUCUAGAUUGUGUAAUAAUAUUGGAGAUCUAAAAAGAGAAUUACAAGUAACUGUGGACAUGUUUGAGAAAAGGGGUUAUGAUAAGAACUUAAUAGAAAGAAGCUGGAAGAAGUUAUGUUCUGUCUUUGUUGUAAAUAACACAUACAAUAAUUCAUAUAUCAUGGCUUCACAUAAUAUGGCUCAAACAGAACCCUCUGAAUCUAUUUAUUUUGUUUCUACAUUUGGGUGUUACAGUUUUGAAAUUUCCCAAGUAAUAAAAUAUUUUUGGAACUAUUUGUGUUCCUUGAAAAAUGUUUCUUCUUGGUUAAAUGCUAAGUUAGGCAUUUCCUAUAGAAGAGGUAGAAACACACAUAAUUUUAUUGUUAAAGGAAAGUUUUGUCCCCCGGAUGUUAGAAUUAAUUCAAAUAUACUUCCAUUGGAUACUUCUUCUUGUAAAAAAUGCAAGGCUUGCAGAUAUGUAAUAGACAAAUUUAAUUAUAUCAACCAUAUUCCAUUUGACACAUUGUACAGUUUUACGUGCAAUACAGAAGGAAUUAUAUAUGCACUUAAAUGCCCAUGUAAUUUGUUUUAUAUUGGAGAAACUAAAAGGGCUUUUAAGGUUAGAAUGCUUGAACAUAUAAGAGAUAUUAAUAAUAGGAAACAAGAAAGUUCUAUAGCUACUCAUUUUGAAUGUUUCCAUAAUAGCAACAGUGAAGGUCUACAGGGUACUGUAUUAGAGAAAAUUAAAGUGACAGUAUUUGAUGAAUGUAUUUUAAAAAAACGGCUUCUGACUAAGGAGUCUUUAUAUAUUUUGAAAUGUAACACUUUGUAUCCAUAUGGUCUUAAUAAAGAGCUUAAUUGGAAAUUUCUGAUUUAAUUGUUUAAUUAAUUGUUUAAUUGAGUAUACUAUAUGAGGCAAGUUUUUUUAAUAUGCUUUUACUCCUUGAAGGCUUGUGUGGAGAGCCGAGACGUUAGAGUUGAGCUUAUUUUAAUAAAAUAUUGGUGGAUUCACUG